UAUCGCGUUUGUAGUCUUCGCGACUCACUACCCUCACAAGAAGCAAAAAAGGACGUACAGUCUUGUCAAGAACGGCUAGGAGUACUAGAACUACGCGCAAAAGCAAAUACUAACUCACAACCUUAACCCAAAUCUAAAACUAAAAAGACACAAGAAGCUGGUCAAAAAUAACCAGAUCGCUUCUAAUACAGUUAUACCAAGUCCAAGUGUUAAAGAAACACACCAGGCGCAAAUAAAUAAAAACGGACCAACAUCAAAGCAAAAGACCGCACGGCGUCAAGCGGAUCCGUCUUUGACAUGGGAAUCGAAAUGAAGAACAAGCUCCGCCUCGUCCUCGGGGCGGGCUUCGCCGCCGGCGCGUACGGGAUCAAGCAAGCGUGCAAGUGCAAGUACGCGGGAGGCACCUUGCCGGCAACCACGUACAACAACUUCCCCACCACGAACCCGGGACAGCACAACUCCUCCGCGGCGAUCUCGCUCUACGGUAAUUGUUUCCAACGAAAUGGAGCGGCUUGAGAAUGCUUCCGUCCAUUCUCUAUAUUAAUUUGAGGCCAUUUUUUUUUUACAAUUUCAUUGAUUUUACCAGCAUGCCCCGAGGACCAUAGUUCCGAUCGGUUGUACGUACUCACUCCAGCAUCUGCUGCUUACCCUAGACAACUAAAUCAGACAUUGAUCUGCAGCUCUUCACAUCAUGAUCAGGUACUGCGUGCGCAGCGUGGGACAGCUUGCCCGAUACCCCGUACUACGAUGCGAACGCGACGAACUUCACGGGGUCGGAGAACUGGGUGGCGCAGCCGUGGUGCUUUGUGGACCCCUCCUGCGACUCCGCGAUCGCUUCGUCCGCGUUUUCCGGCUCGGGGGAAUACUAUUCGUACGAGACGUGCGGCACCUUGAACUGCUGGGCGGCGGCGAACAGCCCGAUGUCCGCGGGCUGUCCGGUGGACAUCACCGGCACGGGCAGCGGCAAGGUCGACAAGGCGGGCUCUUGUGCCUGCCUCGGCGGGGCCUACUACAACAGCACCACCUCUACUCUGGAGACGUUCCCAACCAUGGCGAGCCGGGUGAACACCACCUCGAACCUGAUGUACGGAACCACGUGUGCCGCCUGGGAUUUCGUGGCCGGUAUACUUGUUUUUACUCUCGUCCACGACCACCCAUUCCGCUCUUCUUGUUGUGGUCCACCAGCGUGGUCUCUCUAGUAAGUACUUGAAAUAUCGUCCUGAGUAAAAGACCUGAUGAGAAAGUCUGAAAAAGAAGGACAACGCUGCGAAAAGUUAGUAGUGCGAUCUGCCUGCGAUCAAGAUCAUGUAGCCGUUGCUGUGAGCAGCAGCACGGCAGAAAAGAAGAAAGUUUUUUUUUUGCGAAAAAAUAUGAAAACAACUUCAGGAACCCCGUACAUCGGCUCGUGCCCUACUUCUGGCAAGGAUUUCUGUCAUUCCGACAACAGCUGGUGUCAGGUAUAGCAUAAGCAGAAUAACUCAUACUGUUUCUAGUUCUAUCUAGUGAUGAUCUGGUUCUUGCGUUGUUGUAACGACUAAAUCUUCUUGUUGUUGGAUUGUUGUUGCCUGUCACGUCGGGGUUUGGAUGUCAAAUCGAAAUCGUGUAUGCAAGUAUGUAAAUGUUGUUAAACAUCAAAUAGCAGUAGCUGCGCGAUAUAAUAAAAACACACUGUCAAUAAAUACAAACAAAUCAGACUCCGUGGUGUUACGUCGACAGCAGCUGCCCGAGUGCAGUGCAGUCUGAUUUCAGCACCGACGUGUACUAUUCGUACAACACGUGCUAUCCAAGAAAAAAACAUUGUAGGUGUAACUUUUAUUUUGGCGGAAUAGCAUUACAAGUUUGUCUGGCAUGACAGCAAAAACCUGUCAUGCGCAGAUAGUACGUGAAAACGCCCUUUAAUGGACCCCACGAUGCAUGCCAAGCAUGACAGACGCAAUCACUUUGCAUGUUGCGCAUCACAAAUUGACACUAACAGCGUUUUUUUCUUGGAAUUCGGGGAAUUGAACACUAACAGCGUUGGUCGGAUUCGGGGAAUUGAAUAA